UUUUUUUUUUUUUUUCUUUAGUUAAAAUGGCUGCCUUACAGAUUUAAGCCUCAACGCUCCAGGAUAAAAUACCUAUUCAGCAAAGCAUAAUAAUUGCAAUCCGCCAUUAGGACGGCACCGUUAGGGUUCCUAGAUGUUUCAGUUUAGUGUUAAAUAGAGAUAUGCUUUGGUUUCAAGGAUGGAAGAUCUAUCUGUUUCAUAUUUAACCCUUUGCUCUCUGAGAUCCGCGUCCAAAUGAGAAAAAUGAUGCAUCAAGUAGCUAGCAACAACAACGACUACGGCUUGGGCGGCCUAGCCGAAGAUGGCCAGCACUCGAGCAGCCAUUUCGAGUUGUGCGCUUCACAGUCGGGCAAAUUCUACCCGUCCGGCCCGCCUCCGCCGCUCCAGCUGCCCAUACCCAACUUGCCCCCCUUGCCUCAGAGCAUGAUCAAGCCCAUGUCAUGCCAGAUGCAGGACUCUCCGAGCGACUUUCUGCCUCAGGCUGUGCGCAUGAGGGCUGCCGAGGCACCCGAAGGCUCCAAGAAGAAGAAAGGACUUGGGAAGACGGGAAGACGCGGUAGACCUGCGGGUACCACCAAGUCCGCUGGGUAUCGGACAAGCACAGGAAGGCCGCCUGGCACCACGAGGGCAGCGGGGUUCAAAACGAGCCCAGGGAGGCCGCUAGGGACAACCAAAGCUGCUGGCUACAAGGUCAGUCCCGGAAGGCCUCCGGGCAGCAUCAAGUCGUUGGCCAAACUCAACAAACUGGACUAUAGCGCCUGCAACGGAGCACCCUUCCCUUACACGCUGAUGCAGAAACGGGCACUUUGCGAAGCCACGGUUAAAGAGAAAAACACUAGCGAAUGAGAGCAGGCUUUUGUAUUUAUUAGGAAAGGAUGAAACCGUGUAUAUCCAUGGAGUGACGUUUGCACUGAGGCAGGACUCUCUUGAGGCAGAAAGGCAAAUUUUGAUACCUAGGCUUAACACUUAUUAUCUAUGUGAAAGUGUUACAUUGUCAUGAUCAUUUUCGUAUUAUCUCUAUCCAAAGAGCAUUAUCAUUCUCUCACACUCGUAAAGGAGCAAUAAGUAGAUUUCUGUUUCAUUUCAUUAGGAUGCAAUGUAAUGAAACCUUCAGGAAAAUGAAUUUGUGGAGUGUUAGGUCAUAAUUGUACGUACACUCCGAUGGCAAGGUUCACGGCAGACGCAGACAAAGACCUUUCCUUUCUACGUCCUGUCCAAGAGAGAGACUGACAAGCAAAUCCCAAAAAUUGCUGCUUAUUGCUCCUUUACACAUAUAUUAACCUACUGUACAGAUGUGCAUGAUAGUAGUCUUGUGAAAGAAUAACACAGUAUGUAUUAUAUUAGACAUUUUUGGGCCAAUAGUAUUCACUCAAGCAAAUGUAUAGAGAAAAAAAAGAAUCACUUUUGUGUUGUUUUUAAAAUUGUUACCUAACUUUUGAUAAUGUGACUGCUCGAGUCUUCGCCGUUCUGUAUCGACAUCCGAUUUCAUUCCGCACUCAGAACAUUAAUGAAUCAAUAUCACGUGCAUAUUUAUCCUUCCUUUCAAAUGUGUUACGUGAUUUGUGCUUUGCCUGUAUUGUCUUUGGUAUGAACUAUCUUUUAUUUGUAUUUAUGAAAAAUGUGGUGCCCUUUUGCAGUAGUGUCGAGUGACCUUUGAAGAAUAUUUGAAUUUAUUCUUUUUUUUUGUUUGUUUGUUUGUUUGUUUGUGGUGAGAUGAGAAAAAUGAAUCAGUGUAAUGCUUUACAAACUUCUUUUGUAAAUGUGACUGUGAGUUGAUAGCUUAGUAUAUCCUGUAGUGUUCCUGUUCCAUACAAAAAUAUUCAUGUUUAUCCAAAUCUGGAAUGCCAUGGUUCAAUCUUUUGUUUAGUGUUGUGUAAGCAGUUAGCAUCCAGUCUGCUAAAAACAAUAAACAAAUAUCACUUAAGCAAU